AUGCGAGAAAUUUCAGGGUGCGUAGGCCAUCUAACGCCCUUAGAACAGCGUAAGUUGCAGCAGGCUUGGGUCUAUCUGAUUCGCCUCGGCCCUUCCAGCGCUUCCAAGCCACUCAUUGAGGGCAAUCUGCUGGAUACCCCUGAAAAUUCUAGAGAGUUUAUGCGUCAUCUCAACCCAACCACUCUUGGUGACUUUAGCAAGUUCCUGUGGCGGUGCAUUUGCAUUGAACAUCCGGACGCCCUCGUCCUUCGAUUCCUCCAUGCACGCAAAUGGGACGUCGAGAAGGGCGUGGCUAUGCUCGUGUCCGCUGUGAGUUGGCGCCAGGAGACACGUAUUGAAGAGGACAUUGUACAACAAGGGGAGGCGGUUGGCUUGAAGAAAUCGCCAUCCCCCGAGGAGAAGGGUUUCAUUGACCAGUACCGGACUGGAAAGAGCUUCGUCAGAGGUGUUGACCGGGAGGGCCGCCCGGUCUUCACCGUUAAAGUCCGGCUGCAUGAUCCGCACAAGCAACCAAGCAAGUCCUUGGAAAUGUACAUUCUCCACACAUUUGAGAGCAUACGCAUGUUGGUCAAGCCUUCCAGUGACAAGGCUUGCAUUAUCUUCGAUAUGACCGGUUUUGGAUUGCGGAAUGUGGAUUUGCAUGUAUUCAAAUUCCUUACCACUGUUUUUGAAGCGAGGUAUCCUGAAACCUUGGGAGUCGUUUUGAUCCAUAACGCCCCGUUUGUCUUUUGGGGGGUUUGGAAAGCUGUGAAAGGCUGGAUGGACCCAGUUGUCGCAAAUAAGAUUCAUUUUACGCGCACCAAGGAUGACCUGGAGCGAUUUACCACUACCGAAAACCUCUCCAGUGAAUUAGGAGGAGAUGACGUGUGGGAGUACAAGUAUAUCGAUCCCAUUCCUGGGGAGAAUGACCGCAUGGAUCAGGUUGAAGAGAGAGAUAUGAUUCACGGAGAGAGAGAUAAGCUCGCAUUUGAGUUUGAACGGCUCACUUUGGAAUGGAUAGCGUAUGACCCUUUAUCUGACGCUGCCAAAGAAAAACAAGCUCUUCGCGAUCGCGUUGCUGAUGAAUUGCGGCAAAAUUAUUGGCGGCUUGACCCCUAUCUACGCGCAAGAAAUUACUAUCACAGGGUUGGAGUCGUCGAUGAGGACGGUCGUGUUGAUUUUCAAGCCGCUGCGUAG